AUGCAUAUUAAAUUUUUACUCGCAGUUUUUUUACUUACCAUAAAUGUGAUUUGUUCACAGACGUCACAAGGUAAAAAUCAAAAUGAGAAAAUGGAAUUAGAACAAAUUAAAAAAACACCACAAUAUCAACAGGUCAGAACAAAAGUGAUAAAUGCAUUAUCAGAUAAAAUUGAUAAUUAUGUAUUGGAUCAAAUAAGAAAAAAACCAUAA